AUGGCGCUGGACACGGUUCGUGCGAGUUUACCAACUUCCAGCAAUCGCCAGGAUACAUUCUCACGAUUCGAAUGGAUGCAUGAGAAUCAAUCCAAGCUGCCUCUGGUCCGACGAGUUCCAACGUUGCUGUAUUCUGAUGGCCCGUCGCCAGAAAAGGAGAAGUCAACGGAAAAGGUCCGCGAGCGAGUUCCCGUCAGCGUUUCCUCUUCGCCCGCUUCAUCAUCGGACGAAGACUCUGAUUUUGAAUUUGAUGGGUCGGGCAUUGCGCAUCAAUAUCAGCUGGUCUCUGCUUCGCAGGUAGAUCAGAGUGACAGCACUAUACAUUUCUCGCUUGAUGUCGCUGAUGACAUUGAAGGCCACCUAGAAGAAGUCUCGCGCUUAAAGCGAUGGGGUCAUUUUCACGAAGCAAUAGAAUACUUCACUGCAAACCUCAAGCACCAUCUGGAUCUACCUCUGGUUCUUCUUGCAUAUGCCGACUUGCUCGUCGAACAGGGUUCUUACGACCAGUUUGAUGCUUUCGUAUCAAGUCAGCGCUGGGAUCACCCAUUGAAAACGAAAUGUCUCCCGAUUAGCAGCGACGAAAACGGUCCAGAUCUGUAUAAGCAAUACUCUAAUCUAUUGGGGCUACGAAAAAGUCUUUCUUUUUCAAGGUUCGGGGCGUAUGACAUGAAAGCAGCAAUGGACCACUUACAAGCCGAGUCUUUGCGCGAAUACUUGGACAAGCGGGCCUCGUCAAGGCGUGGGAUCCACUCCGCACAUGGUGAUGAGAUACCCUUUGAUUCAACGGAGGUCCAGAUUAUUCGCAAUCAUCUCGAGAUUCGAUCCGAAAUUAGGUGCAAAGGUAGAACACCAAUACCCAGCUUUGAUACGCGCUGCUGGCCAGACCUCUAUAGCGAUCUCCUGAUGGGUGCUCGUAUUUGGGAGCUAUGCGAUCUUCUAUUGGCCAUGUUCCAUUAUUUUGGUUUACCAGGAACGUGGGAACGAUUGUUCCAUGCGGAUGAAGAGAACAAGGACAAGAAUCCUCAGACAGUUCAUUGCUUGGAACGACUUUUAAAGGAUUGGACCAUUGACGAAUACGAUGAAGCAACUGAAUUGGCCAUAUUGACUAUUGUUGUGGAAAUGAUGUACAUGCUCGAUAUUGGGAGCCAAGCACUCUGCCUACUGCCAAAGGAUCGUAACUUGAGCCUGGCCCGCUGUGCACAACAAGCUGAGCAAUGCGCUGCCGAUAUCAGAGAAUACAGCCCUCAUCUGACGAAAUCUCGUCCAUAUCUACAAUGGAUAUUGGCAAAGGAGCAUUUUGGUCGUCAGCAAAAUUGGAGUACAUCAUAUCGUGAACAGCGAGAACGGCAUUUCGAGGCUGUCUCUGGGUUCGUUCUCAACAAGUGGUGUCUACCAAUCUAUAUACCCGUGGCGACUGAGAACCCGGGCUGGCCAUCUCCAGAUCCGAAAUUCCCACCAACUGAGCAAUUACAGUGGGCACUCAAGACCUCCAAGGAGCUUUUAGACUACAAGACCCAGGCAAUGCUGCUCAGAGAGCUUAUCUGUCGCGUGGAAGAUCCCCGACCAUUGUUUCAGGAGUUGGAUCAACUACACGGAGAGGACCAGGGAGACCUUGUUCAAUUAUAUGAGUCAUUUACUUCACAGUACUUGCUUGCUAUUGAUGAUAGUUCUCGCCAAGAACUUCUUCAGAGACUUCAAGGGGCCGCUUCACAAUUCGAGCCCGCUCCUGAAGACGACGUCUGUGUUGCGACCCGCUGGAAUGGUCUUAUGGUGCAGAAUGCAUUAGCUCGCUCGGUCUCCGACAAUGCAGAGCUCAUUGAGCAGAAUGCCAAGCUGGAACAAUCAAUGCGCGAGAGUCUUCCAUAUACUCAAAAGGCAAUCGACAAGCUUGCCCGGGCGAUCGUUGAAGAGGAGGAAAGAGCCGAGGAACGCGCCGGUCAGAGCAAGAAAAUCGGGUUCGCAGCAAAUGCUCAUCAAAAAGAACAGGAAACUGAGGCAUCGGAGCGAUUGGAUCAUAUUCGUCAUUUGGAUUCGUUCAAGGAAGACGUCUUCCACCGGCUGGGCAAAUUGGAGCUUGAGAUGCUGCAACACAAACAGAAAGCCCUUGAAGAGGAGCUUCGCAGGACAAAAAUCCAGCGCGAGCUGGAGCAGCUUGAAUUUAAAGAAAGGCUGAAGACUGAGGAAGAGAAAUUUCGCAAACAGCUGCGCGAGCGUGUCUCUGAUGAUGCACCCUCUCAAGCCCUAAAGACUAUAGAGAACAAAAAUAAUGAUCCGACAUGGAAAAGGCAAAUCAACGACGGCGAUAGGGCCCAGGCGAUAUAUAAAGUGAAACACCUUACGACUGAAAUCAUCCCUACGAAGGAUGUGCAGAGGAAAAUCGACGAUGAUGCCUAUGCCCAUCAUUUCAAGGAGCCUCAGACGCCUCACAAGCCAUACCGCUUUGCAUCUAUCGAAGAAAUUCAAGAUGAGCCAACAACAUUCGAGAAGCGUGGCCAAUCCCCAGCCAACCCCGGUACCACAGAGCCCCAAGGGCCCAUGGACGAGCUGUUCGGGAUCUUCGAAGAGCCCGAGCAGCUCGGCCAUGAUGAGGGUGUUGUUGGAGAGAGUGGAAGGCCUUCAGCGGAACUUGGAGCAACGGUUCACGGAGAAGAGGAGGCGUCUUCAGGGGAUGAGAGACAUUCGAGACCUCAUUCUUCGACGCGGUCGUCUAGACGUGACUCUCCGGAGUCAGUUCAUCGUCAACCCCGAAUGAUCCAGAAUUCUGGAUAA